AGCCUCGCCUCCACCCUCCUCCUCCUCCUGCAACGCGAGCAUCGCCGGGGAAGAUUUCCUCCAGAAGACAUCAUCAUCAUCAUCAUCAUCUCCACCAUCCUCCUCCGCACAUGACUGCCGACUAGGGCGGUGCACUCAGCAGGGGGACACAAACAAAACCAGAGGGAUUCUUGUUGGUUUUCCUGCAGGUGCGCCAUGGCGAAACACCGCAAAGACAGAGACAGCUGGGGUGAGUGGUCUCUCGGCGACAAGAACGUCUACGACUGGAGUUCGGAGGAGGAAGAGUCAGAUGGGCGGGCGCGGCCCAUCCAGGUCCUGCUGGUCAAAGACGACCACACCUUCGAGCUGGACGAGGCGGCGCUGAGUCGCAUCCUGCUGGCGGAGGAGGUCCGAGACCGCGAGGUGGUGGCCAUCUCUGUGGCGGGAGCCUUCCGGAAGGGGAAGUCCUUCCUCAUGGACUUCAUGCUGCGCUACAUGUACAACCAUGCGCGUGAGGACUGGCUAGGCCUGGCUGACGAGCCUCUGACCGGCUUCUCCUGGAGGGGGGGCUCAGAGAGGGAGACCACCGGGAUCCAGAUCUGGAGCGAGGUCUUCCUGGUGGACCGGCCUGAUGGAACAAAGGUGGCAGUCUUGCUGAUGGACACACAGGGCACCUUUGACAGCCAGUCCACACUCAGGGACUCGGCCACCGUCUUCGCCCUGAGCACCAUGAUCAGUUCCAUGCAGGUUUACAACAUCUCACAGAACGUCCAGGAAGACGACCUUCAGCACCUGCAGCUGUUCACCGAGUAUGGCCGACUCGCGAUGGAGGAGACUUUUCUCAAACCGUUUCAGUCCAUGAUAUUCCUCAUCCGAGACUGGAGUUUCCCGUACGAGUUUCCAUACGGGCAGGAAGGAGGCAUGAAGUUCCUGGAAAAGAGACUGAAGAUCUCAGAGAACCAGCAUGAGGAGCUGCAGAAUGUGCGCAAACACAUCCACUCGUGUUUCACCAACAUCUCCUGCUUCCUGAUGCCUCACCCGGGCCUUAAGGUGGCCACCAACCCGCACUUUGACGGACGAAUUAAGGAGAUCGACGACGAUUUCAUCGGCAACCUGAAUCUUUUGGUCCCGUGGCUGCUCGGUCCUGGCAACAUCGACGUGAAAGAGAUCAACGGAAGCAAAAUCACCUGUCGAGGCCUGCUGGAGUACUUCAAGGCCUACAUCAAGAUCUACCAGGGCGAAGAGCUGCCGCAUCCCAAGUCCAUGCUGCAGGCGACAGCCGAGGCCAACAACCUGGCAGCCGUGGCGGCCGCCAGAGAUCUGUACAACAAGAAAAUGGAGCAGGUGUGUGGCGGAGACCGACCCUUCCUGGCGCCCAGCGAGCUGCAAGCCCGCCACGCCGUCAUCCGCGAGGAGGCGCUGCAGGUGUUCCGGGGCGUGAAGAAGAUGGGCGGCGAGGAGUUCAGCCGCCGCUACCUGCAGCAGCUGGAAGGCGAGGUGGACGAGGUGUUUGUCCAGUACAUCAAGCACAAUGACUCCAAAAACAUUUUCCACGCCGCCCGCACGCCGGCCACCCUCUUCGUGGUCAUCUUCAUCAUGUACGUGGCGGCGGGCAUCACGGGCUUCGUGGGCGUGGACGUCAUCGCCAGCCUGUGCAACAUGGUCCUGGGCCUGGCGCUCAUCACGCUCUGCACCUGGGCCUACAUUCGCUACUCGGGCGAGUACAGGGAGCUGGGCGCCGUCAUCGACCAGGUGGCGGGAGCGCUGUGGGACCAGGGGAACACCAACGAGGCGCUCCACAAGCUGUACAACGUAGCGGCCAACCACAGGCAUCUGUACCAGCACGCCUUCCCGGGGCACCAGGCCGAGGACGAGCAGGAAAGGAAGAAGGACUAAAAGUGGGCGCGGCCUUGUCUUUUAUCCCGAUAAAGACGCCCCUGGGAUCUUGGAACACGCCGGACGGGCUUCUUCUUCAUCACACGCCACAUCAACUACGAGCAACACGUGUAAGGGGGAAAGGGUUAAAAAAACAACAAAAACCCCUCCUUGGGGUUUUUGUCCUCACUUAGUCCAUGUUUACACGCGCAAGUAUGUCCUGCCUUCCAACGCCAAAGCCCACUCACCGCUGGCCUCUUUAGGUACACCUGCGCCGUGGAUUUACUUGCACUCGGAUGCCUUUGUCAGGAGAAUUGUCUAAUUAGGAGCACCUGUACACUGCAGUUCAUCUGAGGGGUUCCACACGGUUCUAUCCUUAGUCCCCUUCUCUUUAUGUUCUACUCUUCACAAUACAAGUGGAUCAGAUGUAUCAUUUUACAGUCUAUUAUUUCAACAAGUUUAUUCCAGCACACUCUUAUUUUUGUAGUAUUUAAUAGCUCCGUUAUUACAUUUUCUAUUUGUCAACUUUUUUAUUCUGCUUGGGGCCCAAGUGAACCCGGGCCCUGUAAAACCACGGUCAAUUCUACCAUCAGAAACGGGAAGGUCAGUUGCCAGAAUGUUGUUGUUUGAAUGAUAGCCACACACUUUUUCCAUUUAGAGCAGGGGUCACCAACCUGUUUGAAAGCAAGAGCUACUUCUUGGGUACUGAUUAAUGCCAAGGGCUACCAGUUUGAUACACACUUCAAUAAAUUGCCAGAAAUAGCCAAUUUGCUUAAUUUACCUUAAACUCUGUUAUUAUUAAUAAUUAAUGAUAUUUAUCUCUGGAAACACUGAUCAUCUUAAUGAUUUCUCACAAUAAAUAUAUAUUUUUGAUGACAUGUUUUAAAUAGGUUAAAAUCCAAUCUGCACUUUGUUAGAAUAUAUAACAAAUUGGACCAAGCUAUAUUUCUAACAAAGACAAAUCAUUAUUUCUUCUAGAUUUUCCAGAACAAAAAUUUCAAAAGAAAUUGAAAAGAAUUUGAAAUAAGAUUUAAAUUUGAUUCUACAGAUUUUCUAGAUUUGCCAGAAUAAUUUUUGGGAAUUUUAAUCAUAAUAAGUUUGAAGAAAUAUUUCACAAAUAUUCUUCGGAAAAAACAGAAGCUAAAAUGAAGAAUUAAAUUAAAAUGUAUUUAUUAUUCUUUACAAUAAAAAAAUAAAUUAACUUGAACAUUGAUUUAAAUUGUCAGGAAAGAAGAGGAAGGAAUUUAAAAGGUAAAAAGGUAUA